CUUGUCUGACAGAAAAGGAGAGAGAGAGAGAGCGAGAGAGAGAGGCAAAGAGAAAGCGGUUGUGCGAGACGUCGGCGCCUGACGGAUUCCUCCCGGGAGGACGAACAGCAGCGCCUGUGAAUGGGGAAUCUUCAGCGCCGGACGCACGGAGCGCUCGGACAGAGAAGCCGCUGAUAUUACGCUGGGGCUUUGGGAAGAAUCGACAUUUCCGUGCGCUUCUGUCAGGCAGUGAGUAAGGGAGAGAGGGGGACCGCGCAGGCCGGCGGGAUUUCGGGCGGAACUCCGGGAGGAAUGCGCCCUCGGUGCGCCCGGGGAACAGGGGGGCGUGGUGGGCGCUCGCGCUGCCUCGGAGGGGCUUGUUUGUAAACUGGCCAGAUCCGCGCGCGUGGGGCGCUGCGUGGGGGCGGAUUCCCCCCUCUGUCACUCUCUCCUUUCCCUCGUGGACCCUGUGACGGCGACGCCCCCUCCCCACCCCUCCCGCCGGACGCGAUUGGGGUGAUGUGUCUGAUUGAAGACCCAGCUACACCUCUCCAGCUCGGCUGGGGCACCGCGACAGGAUAGAAUGGGAGCCAAACAGAUGAAAUGUCUCAGUUCGCCGAGCCCGACUCAUUCGCCCAGAGCAGAGUCUGUCAUCAGCCAAUCAGAGGACAAAGGGGAGCUUGUGGACGAUCAAUCAGAGGAGAGGAAAUCAUGUGACGCAGAGAAGGCCUCCUCUCAUGGACCAGGGGCUGCCCCAGUACGUGCCGGGCCGUUGGGGCGUGGCACCUGGGAACAGCUGUGUGAGCAGCAGGAGCAGCUGGAGAAGGAGGUGCAGGAGGCCAGGAGGAUGGUAUCCAGUCUGCAGGCUUUGCUGCUGCACGGCUCUCUUCCUGAAGAUGAGCAGGAAGUUGCUCUGAGCCUGAGGGAGGGAGAUGGAGCAGAGAGUACAGAACAGCAGCUGAUUAUAAUCCGCAGCCGUCUUGAUCAGAGCAUGGAGGAGUCUCAGGAUCUGAAGAAGGAGCUGCUAAGGUACAAGCAAGAGACCCUCAGCCUCCAGGGAAUCAAGGAUGCUCUGCAGCAGCGAUUGACUGUGCAGGACAGCACAGUGUUGCAGCUGAAGCAGGAGUUACUGCAAUCCAACACGGCCAGGGAAGAGCUGGCAGGACAGAAUGCGGAGCUGCAGACGAAGCUGGAGGAGCAGGACAGGCUGCUGAACGAAUACAAAGUCAGUCAACAGCAGAAGGAGAUAGGACAGAAACACAGGCUACUCCAGCAACAACAAUCAAAGCUUGAGGAAGCCCUGUACGACCAGAAGCUGCCGGGGGCACAGAGCAAUGGCUACCCCUCUGCUGCGGAUGGAGCUCGCCCCUCAGCCUCCCCCUGCAGGGCGGCGGAGGAGCUCCAGCUGGUACGGGAUGCUCUGCGCAGUCUGAGGAACAGUUUUAGUGGUCACGACCCCCAGCACCACACCCUGGACACUCUGGAGCAGGGCGUGGCCAGCCUGAUGGACCGCCUCCACGCCCUGGACCCCCGCCGCAGGCAGGACAGAAGGGUUCGGGGCCGUUCUCCAGGACACAGAGCCAAUCCCACCAACCAUGACUCCUGGCCCCCGAGCACCAAAAUGGCUCAUUCUCAGAGCAGCCCUGUUCUCCACUCCGACUCCUCCACCAAAGUGCUCUACUUCACUGAUCGCUCACUCACCCCCUUCCUGAUCAACAUCCCCAAGAGGCUGGGGGAGGUGACACUCAGAGACUUUAAGGUGGCUGUGGACAGAGAGGGCACUUUCAGAUACCACUUCAAAUCCCUGGACCCCGAGUUCGGCACCGUGAAGGAGGAGGUGUUCCAGGACGAUGCGGUGGUCCCGGGCUGGGAGGGUAAGAUCGUGGCCUGGGUGGAGGAGGACUCGGGGGACAGCAGGUAGGGCUGGAUCAGGACCCCCAGCAUGGACCUGCGGACAGGGGCCAGGCAUGCUGGAGCUGUGCAAAGAGCAACCGCAAGGAGAGAGCGCUGCGAGAAGCACAGCCUGGAGACAAUUACUCAAGGAAGGGCUCUUUCUCUGGUGAUCACCUCAUUUACCUGCAAUGGGGGGAAAGGACAGAGAUCACAGGCAUGUUAUAAAUGUCACGGGUUCCAAAUUUCAGUCUACGGGUUUGAUGUCCACUUGGACCUUGUGAAGGGGGACAGGAGGGGACUGAUGUCACAUGCUAUGGUCUGCUCCACCUCCCAACUCCAACAGGACCAAUCUACCAGAAGAGCCAUCAUGACAACAAAAUAUUAGGACGGCUCCCUCGUUUGAUAAAUUUGUGCCAAACCAUUGUUGAAUUUCUUAAUGUUCUUUGUAGCCGUACUCAUAAAUCUUGUUAUAUGUUGUGAUGCCAAAAUGUAUUUUCCUAACUGCUUAUUUCUCACGAGUUGUCAUGGCAGGCCUCUUUUUAGAUAUGAAGAAAACUUUACUAUGCCUACGCACCUUUUAUAUAAAUAUAUAUAAAUAUAUGAAAUAUACAAGCACUUUGGGGCGAACACUGAAUUUUGAGAAAAGUCAGGAAAGUAAUUCAGGGUUAGUAGGAAGCAGGUGUUUGUGAGCAGAUACAGUUUCAGUAGCUCCUUAAUGCAGCAUCUGUAGGCACAGGAGAGGGAACCUCACCAUCUUGGCGUGGUCCUUCUGUAAAGGUUUUUGGAAUCCAGAGUAUUAUAUUAUUUAAUACUUUAUAUUCAGAAACUAUUAUUUAAAAAGAUAAAUGCUUAUGGAAUCAAACACAAGAAGACACUGAAGAAGACAGAUCAAUCCAUAAAUUACUACUGAUCAAAAAAA